AUAUAAAUUCCCUUCCGAAAGUCUUUGAAUCAAAUCUCCCAAAACCAAUGGCUUCAAACCGGUUUGACUUUGAGGCAUUUGGUCUAGCCCUGGUUAUGCUAUGUGGUGUAGCCAUGGCUCAAUCAGGAUGCACCACUGCACUAGUGAGCUUGAGCCCAUGUCUUAACUAUGUCUCUGGAAAUUCAUCAACUCCAUCAUCGUCUUGUUGCUCUCAGUUAGCCAACGUGGUUCAGUCACAGCCACAAUGCCUUUGCCCGUUCACUGGCAACGGUGCUGGCUCACCAUCGGGUUUGAACAUCAACCAAACUUUGGCUCUAGCACUACCUGCUGCUUGCAAUAUCCAGACUCCUCCUGUUACCCGGUGUAAUGACGGUGCUAGUGGACCCACAAGUUCUACGCCAUCAAAUACUCCUUCAGGUAGCGGAUCAAAGACGACUCCAGGAACAAGUGCAGGCACAUCCGAAGAAGCUAUAAAAAAUCUACCAGUUUUUACGUCACGCUUGUUCCGGCAACUCGAAUCGUUACCUCCUCCGACAAAAGAGGUUAACAAAGAGUCACGUUUCCAUAUCUUUGAUUCCGGCCAUCAAUAUCGUUUCAGAUUUGGAACCCGCCUUCCUUUAUCGAACGUUGCCACCUUACUUUACGAUAAGCCCUACAACGGCUCCGACGAUAAGCCCUAUGCCAGCUCCACCAAUCGAAUUCGUUCCAUUUGCAAAGUCAGUGAGUUCCCCACCAACAUCGGUUCAAUCUCCCCUGAUUCAAGAACCGCUCAGUUUUCCGAUCUCGUAUUCUCCAGUAAUGUCGUCAUCGGUAUCUUGGGCUACAUUGUUGCUUCUUUCCUUACUAAAUAA